CAGACCGCCGGUCUUCUUCCUCAAGUCGAGCUUGCGUCGAUACUCUAUCCGAUAGCACGAAUGAGAGUUUCUGUAGAAAGGCUGUGCGCACGCCUUCUUAACUUUCUUGUAAUGGCCCAUGGGUGGUGGAGGGAGUCCAGAAUAGGUCGAGUGAAUCACUCCGUUACGAGGCCCCCUGAGCUCCAUAGUUAA